UUGAAACGGUACGUAUAACGUUGGAUUCGUCGUGUAGCAGCAAAAGUUUUUCACCGAUAUUUUCGACACUAUUAAAUCAUCGAGGCUAAAAUUUUACGUCACGACUCCUCUCCUCUUCUUGUACGCCUCCUCCAAACGACAUACUGAUCGACGGCGUUGUCCCUUUCAGAAACUUAUCUUCGAAGUAUUUAUCGUGAAAAUACUUCGUCAGAGCCGUUUCCGCUUAUUAUAUGUAUGCAAAGAUCGUGCUGUACCAAUUGAUAUCACGUUUAUACGUGAACAUAUUUUACAAUAUAUUUCAUGCUUCAUUUUCAUCAACGAUACUUGUUAUUUCGGCAAAUUGUGUGAUUGGCGGCUAUCAAAGUAUAUAAUGCGUCACUGCGGUAAUUAAAAAAAUUAACAACGUGUCUGUACUGACUAAUCUUAACAAGUCUUCCUCGGCAAAUACUGGCUUUUCUGGUUCUGGAGGCAGCUCUUCUUCAAGUUCGGGUGACUCUGUAUUAUAUAGCAAGAACUCAUGGCUUCAAUUGUAAUCGUAACCGGGAAACACUUCGGAAGGUCACUUAUUGUGGACGUGCUUUCGCAUGCAGCUGGCAGACUUUGAUUUUAAAUCGUGUGUUAAAUCGAUAGAAUCUUCGUUACCAUACCUUAUCGUGUUUCUUGGUGUCCGAUGACCAACCCCGUUAUCAAGGCUGUCUUUUAAUAUCUACAGUAAAUCGAUUGUUUUCGAGUCAAUUGUUUACAUUCCAAGGGUUCGUUCCCGCGCUUAUCGACAGGAUAGCCAUCCGAGAGCUUUCUCUUUCUCUUUUUCUCUUCUUAGUCAAUAUCAGUAUAUAUACUAGGAGACGAACUCAAGACGAGGCAUUCCUAAAUAAAAAAUUUAAGGAGCACAAAAAGUCGAGAUCUGAAGUACAAUCUACGCGCCGUUGUUGUGGUCCCGAAACUGUUGUCGCGAAAUAGAUCACUAGUAUAAUAUAAAACAAUUCAUCCAAUAUCCAACGUUGCAUCAAGACGAUUUUUGACAAUGCAGUCGAUGUCCGAAGAACAUAUAUUUGUCGGUUCGUUUGCUCAUACCAACGAAGCUGGCGAAUUGAUUACCGUCGAUCAUGGUGCUAUAUAUGUGAAGAAUGGAGUGAUUUGCAAUAUAGUGGUGAAUCCAAAAUCGAUUGAUACCAAAAAUGAGAAUGUAACUGUUCUCUCUAAAAGUCAAUUUUUAGUACCUGGAUUUAUUGAUUGUCACACUCAUGCAGUGCAACUUCCUAAUCUAGGAAUUGGAUAUGAUAAACAGCUUUUGGAUUGGUUGGAUACUUAUACAUUCCCUUUAGAAAGAAAAUACAAAGAUGAAAUCUUUUCUGAUAAAGUAUUUGACGCAGUUGUAAAACACACUAUUUCGCAAGGCACAACAACAGCAUGUUAUUUUGCAUCUCUUUAUGCAAAUGCAUCUUUAAUUCUUGGUAGAAAAGUAGCUACUAUAGGACAACGAGCUCUGAUUGGUAAAAUUAGUAUGAAUGACAAACGUGAUGAUGGGUACUAUGAAACUACCAAAGAAUCUAUAGCUAAUCAAAAUAAAUUCAUAGAUGAUAUUAAUGGAUUGAAUAGUCCGCUUGUAAAACCAAUUAUAACGCCAAGAUUUGCUUUAAGUUGUGACAUGACACUCUUGAAAGAAUUGGGAAAAUUGGCUAAAGAAAAAAAUCUUCACAUACAGAGUCAUUUAUCGGAAAAUAUAGACGAAAUUAUUGCUGUUGGAAAUAAGUUCCCCGAAUGUUCUUCAUAUGCGGAUGUCUAUGAUGUAGCUGGCCUUCUUACAAAUAAGACUGUGAUGGCUCAUGGAGUGCACCUCACAGAUAAUGAAAUUGCAUUAUUGAAACAACGCGAUACUGCUGUUAUCCAUUGUGCUUCUUCAAACACAUGUUUGAGGAGUGGCCUUUGUGAUGUACAGAAACUGAAGAAGAACGGAAUAAAAAUUGGUCUUGGCACUGACGUUUCAGGUGGAUCAAGUUGUAGCAUGUUAGACGCAAUGAGAUCGGCUUUGCAAGUGUCAACCCAUCUGUCUUUUGUUAAAACCGAUUAUAAAGCACUUAAUUUCAAAGACGUAUUUUAUUUAGCAACUUUAGGUGGUGCAACAGCACUUGCAAUGGGUGAUAAGAUAGGCAAUUUUGCAGUUGGUAAAGAAUUUGAUGCUCUUGUUAUUGAUAUAAAUGUAAAAGAUACGUAUUUAAAUGAUUUAAGAGAAUAUACUUUAGAAGAAAAGCUUGAAAAGUUAAUAUAUUCUGGAGAUGAUCGCAACAUAGCGGGAGUGUAUGUAAGUGGACGUAAACUUAAAUAAAAAUGUUUUUCAUACUUACAAGUUUUCUAUCUAUUUGGAUCUCAGAUAAUUUAAAUACUUUAGUAAUAUAAUAACGUAAUAUCAUAGUUAAUUCGAAUCCAUAGAUGAAACAGCUAUAUAUGAAACAUGUUUUGUAUAAAUUAUAGUAUAUUAUGUAUAAAUGGAAAAGAAUAUUUCAUAAAAACGAAUUACCCGAA